AUGGCUGAGCGGGUGCCAGGAGACCAAGUCUUCUGCCAUGAGUGUGAGUACCAAUGGCCCAGGAGCGAGCAUGGACUCACCUGUCCUCGCUGUCAUUCAGAGUUUGUUGAAAUACUUGAAACUACAGAGCAUGAUGAAGACGAUGAUACCCCCGAAAUCCAACAGUACCAGCCCUUCCCACCCAACAUAUUCUCCAACUUUAAUAACUUCUUGCCUACCCGCCAAACAUACCACGCAGAGAGCGGAAAUGGGCAUAUCACUCGCCACCACUACCAAUCCAACGAUGGCAGAUUCCAAUUUACAAGCACAACUAUCAGAUCUCCAAGUAGCGGCGGCAUCAGAUUGGGGAUGAGCUCAAAUCCGAGAUAUGGAAGCGGCGCUGAUGACUCUCUCACACCUAUCUUCAGAAGCUUCAAUGCAAUUCUUCAGGGGAUAGCUGAAACCCAACCCAAUAGAGGAGGGAUCCCGGCAGGCUAUGGGUACCAAAACCCAAAUCCACAGCAGAGUAAUAAUUAUCGUGAUACCGAUCCUCCCGAGAUCCUAGGCGGAGGACUACAUCCGCGAGAUGCAAACCGGCCACAGGGGAACCCGCAGCCUUUAUUAAACAUCAACGACAUUCUAGCUAUUAUGCACGGUGCUGCAAACCCGAAUUAUCGUGGCGGCGGUAUCCCCAUUGUAAGCCCUAUUGCUGCCAUCGCCCAAGCUCUAGGAAUACAACACCACGGUGACGCUGUUUAUUCUCAAGAAGAGCUCGACCGCGUGAUAUCCCAGCUGGUAGACCAGAACAUGAACGGAAAUGCACCGGCUCCAGCCUCUGCGGACGCAAUUCGAGCUCUACCAAAGGUCAAAAUCGACAAGUCCAUGUUAGGCAGCGAUGGCAAGGCGGAAUGCUCAAUAUGCAUGGAUAGUGUUGAGGUGGGCACAGAGGUCACCAUGCUGCCAUGCAAACAUUGGUUCCACGACACCUGCAUUACGGCCUGGCUGAAUGAACACGACACAUGCCCACACUGUCGACAGGGGAUAAUGGCGACUUAUCAACAGGCGAACGGAGGUGCACAGCAACAAGGCCAACCCCCACUAAACCCUACAGCUGGCCCUCCAGGAAGUUCUAGAAACCCAUAUAUCGUUCCUUCAAGCCCUUCGACAGAACAACCGUCCAGCAUCCCUAAUAUUUCUCGAGAACGUGACCAGUCAUCAGGCCAAACAGGCUCGAUAUCUCAAAAUUCAAACACAGGAAAUAAUAAUACACAGCAGCCCAGCGGUAUAGCCGGGUGGAUGAGAUAUCACUUUGGAGGAGGCAGUUCCUCCUAA